UUUUGGGAUAACCGAGGACUGCUCGAGCCACCCAGGAUUAAUAUUUGCGGGUCUCAAACAACUCACUAUGCAGCUAGUGCUUGGGUUCAAGAUUGUAGGUUGGGGAUAUCCUGUCUGACGAGGUGAGCGCUUAUACUACACACUGGAGUGACACAAUGUAAUUGUUCAUGCAAACACUAACGUAUAAGUAGGAGCCUUUUACGCCUGCCAAAUGUUCAUUCAUGUCCAAUCAUUUAGAAACGAGAAGCAUACAUCUCUCGCUCAUCAGUUUCCCUAAUAUAUAAUUACCCAACGAUUGUAUCGCCGGAAAUGACGCCGAAACCUUCCUCCCACGAAACCAAAGCCGGUGCGAUCAAGGUGAUUGUUAUAGGCGCAGGACCAGUGGGUUUGCUUACGGCACUGAGGCUAGCCCAGAGUGGCAUGUAUGUUGAUGUACUAGAGAAGGAGGAGAAGCUGAACGUUACUCCUCGUGCGUGCUCUUACUACGCAGCCGCUCUGCAUGCCCUCCAACGUGCCAAAGUCCUGGACGAUGUCAAAAAGGCUGGCUUCACCACGCACGGUCUGUGUUGGAGGGGUCCACUUGAAGACGAUGGUAAAGGGGGAAAGAUAUUCGGAGACAUGCUGGCGAGUUUGCCAGUUGUAGGCAACGAGGACUGGGAUAGCGGGGUGGUCAACCUCCAGCAAGCCAAGCUGACGAAGCUAUUGUACCAGAAGGUCCUGGAGACUGGCCGGGUUACUGUUCAUCUAGGGACAGAGCUCAUCGGCAUUGAACAAGAUUCGGCCUCUGUAAUGGCGACUGCCGUUCGUGGGGAUUUAAGCCAGGAACAAUUCCAGGGCUCGUUCCUUGUCGGUGCGGAUGGAGGAAGAUCAACCACCAGAAGGCUCCUUGGGAUCCGCCACAAAGGCCAUAGCUGGCCUGAAAGACUUGUGGCUAUGGAUGUUCUGCUUGAUGAUGUUGAGUUCGAUGAGAAGUUCCCGAGCUCGCUUUUUGUCGACCCUGUUUACUAUGGUCUGAUGUCGCCACUGGAGCAGCCACGCGCUGGCACGGAAAGCCUAUGGAGGUGCACGGUAGCAGUUGAUCCUACGGAUGCGCGCACAGAUGAUGAACUGGUUUCGGAUAAAAGCAUUGAAGAACUUCUCCUCAAAACUGUUCCCGGCCCAAGACCACUUCCUUUCAAAGUCCUUAGAGCGUCCCCGUAUCGUGUGCAUCAACUAUGCGCGUCCACAUUCAACCGUGGACGGUGCGCUUUGGCCGGGGAUGCAGCUCACUUGAAUAAUCCCAUGGGAGCAAUGGGUCUUACGACCGGUCUCAUUGACUCCGAAGCUCUUGCAGAUGCGCUAGAGUUAAUCAUCCACGAGGGGAAGCCUAUCAGCAUACUGGACACUUACUCAGACGAGCGUCGACGAGUCUUCCAAACGUUUGUGGACCCGACUUCCACACAGAACAAGCUACGAUGUGCGAAAUUUGCGAAAGACCUCCUCAUCGACCCAUCAACAAGGGACGUCCACGAUGUCACCCACAACCUAGCCGCCGUCGCAUCCUCGACCUCACUCCAAAAGGCCCAAGACUUCCUCUCUGCCAUCAAUGCACCGUCCAGGACAACCGCUUACGGGUCCUACGAGUCUCUUCUCGCCGACCCUACUGUUGAAAUUGUCUACAUCUCCACGCCGCAUUCGCACCAUUUCCAAAAUGCCCGCGCUGCGCUACUGGCCGGAAAGCACGUCUUGCUUGAGAAGGCCUUUACGGUUAAUGCAGCCCAGGCGUGCAAUCUCGUUCAACUCGCUCGGGAGAAGAAACUGUUCCUGAUGGAGGCAAUGUGGACGCGUUUCUUCCCACUCACGCAGUAUGUGAGACAGCUCAUCAAAAAUGGGGCAAUAGGGGUUGUGCAACGAGUGGUUGCGGACCGAAAUCUAGGGAGGGAUAUUGAGAAACUCUACGGAACGGAGCAUCGAUUGGUGAAUUCUGCCCUGGCGGGUGGUGCUUUGCUCGAUUUGGCUAUAUACCCUCUAACAUGGAUAUUUCAGAUCCUCUAUCAUGAUAGUCCACUGGCCUUUGGUACUGUCAGGUCACCACCGCACAUUUCUAGCUCCCUAGUCAAAUACACACCAACAGGGGUGGAUGAGACCGCUACUAUUAUUGUCACUUUUCCAGAAAGUAAAACGCAGGGUAUAGCGACAGCGAGUCUUCGGUUCACCUCGGACCCAACCGACCCCGGGAUUUUUGGACCUGCUGCACGCCCGUUGAGUAUUACAGUUGUUGCGUAUGGGGAAGGAAGUCCGAAGAUAGUGGAGAGGAAGGAUUUUAAAAUCCCAGUUGGACAUGGAUUGUUCUGGGAGGCGGAUGCCUGUGCUCGAUCCUUGUUUGAGGGGAAGACCGAGUCAGAUCUCAUGCCGCUGGAUGAGACGCUGUUGAUUAUGGAGGUGAUCGAUAGGGUACGAGAAGAAAAUGGGCUGAGGUAUCCGGCAGACGUCGAGGCACAUUAA